AUGGGUAACACUAUAGCCUUUGAUUUUAAGGAUAUGUUUCCCACAUGUAAAAACAAGUACAGUGAAAACAUACAAAAUAGAGGUGACUCAACUUAUAAUACCUAUAAAACAGUGUGCAGUGAAAUAUGCAAAGAAUUCGGAGAUCGAGAUUAUUAUUUUUUAUCAGUUUGUCAGCGCUUUAUUAAAUAUUUAAAAUAUAUAUACGAUGAAAAAAAUAUUAAUAUUGGACCAUACUGUAGAUAUUUCAAUUUCAAGUUAAAUGAAGAACUAGAGAGUUUAACCUUUAUUAAUAAGAAUACAAAAGAAGCUUACAGAAUACUGAUAGAAAAAUACAAAUCAGAAUAUGAAGAUGAAGAAAUAAAUAAAUGCCAAGAUUAUGUUGGAAAUCUUGAUAAUAAUACUUUAUACAUAUUAGAAAAACUUCAAGAACUAUAUGAUAAUUUUGAAAAAAUGAAAUUUUAUAAUAAAAGUUAUGAAGGUCCUCAAAGUACAGAAAAUACUGAAGAAACUACUGAAGCAGUUGCAUUAGAUUAUUCUGAUAUUACUAGUGAAGAAAAUUAUGAUAAACAGCCACCUUUUUGCAAAUUUACUGAGGAUUCUGUUUUAAUAUAUAAAAAUCUUUUAAAAAUAUGUAACGCUGGGAAUAAUAAUAGUUUUUGUGAAGUACUGAAAAAAUAUAAAGAGGAAUAUAAUCAUUUUAUGGAAAGCGUGCCUGGAUGCGCAGGCGUUCCAAAAAUCCUACAAUCCUAUUAUGGGAAAUAUAUGCACAAGCAUCUGAUAAAUAGGUUAAAAAAAUUAGGAUGUAAAAAAUAUAAUGAAUAUGAGAAUUUAACGGAUUUUUUUGAACGUACAUACGACAAUUUAAAUGAUAAAAAUUACAUAAUAGAAUAUGCAUCAUUAAAUUAA